AUGUCGUACAGGGAAUUAUACCGAAACUUAUUCGACGCACAUGUAGUUUCCCCUUUCUAUCUGAAGCCCUUACAGCCCCCGUACCCCAAAUGGUACGACACAAAUGCACAGUGCGACUAUCAUGCGGGAAUUACGGGGCAUUCCAUAGAAAAUUGUACCGCUUUCAAGAAGUUGGUUGAAAGGCUCAUUGGUAUGGGUGUCGUUAAAUUUGAUGAAGCCACCAAAGCAGAAAAUCCAUUACCAAACCAUACCGACAGCGGGGUCAAUAUGGUGGGCGAAGACAGAAGAAUCAAGGUAGAUAUUGCGGAUGUAAAGACUCCUUUGAGAAGGGUCUGGAUGGAGAUGGUGAAAAGGGGACUAAUCGUCUCAGAAGGAAGCUGUGAAAGGAAGAGAAAUUACUGUGAGUUCCACCAUGAAGUGGGGCAUGAAAUCCAAGAAUGUACGGAGUUCAGAGCCCUGAUACAAGACAUGAUGGACAAUAGGGAGGUGAAAUUCUGUGAAGGAGUUCAAGAGGAAAGUGAUGUAUGCGCAUCAGAGUUGGCGUUGGGGGUCCCGAAGGUUAACCGUCCUGUGGUCAUCAUCUCGCGACCUCAGAACAAUAACAGGAGGGUUCCUUGGAAUUACGAUUGUAAUGUGACAAUCCCGGGGAAGGAGGAUGUAAUCAAUAGAGAGAAGCAGGAUGAAGGAAGGCACCACGAACAGAUGAAAGCACGAGUCGAGCCAAUAGGAGAGGAAACUUCAGUUGAAAAAAAGAAGAACGUGGUCAAACCCGAAUUGUUGGUCAAUGAACCAAUCAAAGAGGAGGAAGCUAGAGAGUUCUUAAAGUUCAUAAAGCAUAGCGAGUACAGUGUUGUGGAACAGCUGCACAAACAACCUGCUCGCAUAUCUAUGCUAGCUUUACUCCUGAACUCGGAGGGACAUCGGAAUGCACUACUGAAGGUGCUAAAUGAAACUUAUGUGGCCGACGAUAUCUCUGUUAACAAGUUGGAUCGACUAGUCGGUAAUAUACGCGCUGAUAAUUUCAUCUCCUUUAGCGAUGAUGAAAUACCACCUGGGGGUAUGGGAUCUACUAGAGCUUUACACAUCACUGCAAGGUGUAAAGGAUACAUAUUACCGGGAAUUCUGAUAGAUAAUGGAUCGGCAUUAAAUGUAUUGCCCCUGUCCACACUCAACAGGCUACCUAUGGAUAGCUCGCAUAUGAAAUCGUGUCAGAAUGUGGUGAGAGCAUUUGAUGGCACCGAGAGGAAAGUCAUGGGAAGAAUUGACAUACCCUUGUUAAUCGGCCCAACUGUCUAUGAGGAAGGCCGUGGAUUCAUUCAACAGUGCUUGAUGCGCCAUCGUUACAUCAAAAGCGAAAGCGGUGUCGAGAGGGGUAGGGUAGUGACGAUAGAUGCUGAGGAGGAUAUCAUUGCAUCUGUAACUAACGAUGCGCCUUAUUUGGAGAUGAGGGAUGAUGCAAUCGAGUGCUCUUUCCGUUCCUUGGAAUUUGUAAAUGCAACAUUCAUCCUGGAGAGAAGCAAGAUCCCAAUGCCGAGAAUAUCAAAGACCACAAGGAUGGGUCUGCAACUGACAGUAGGAAGGGGAGCUUUGCCGAAAAAAGGAUUAGGGAAGUAUCUUCAGGGCCAAGUUGAGGCUCCAGUAGUGAAAGACAAGUAG